AUGAAGCAGAAGCAAUCCAUUGAGAUGGGCCUUAGCCCCAUUAAACCUGCAAAAAAACGAGCUCAUUUAGAACCCUUGUCGCCUUUUUUUAUUGGAAACCCUUCAACUUCCUUCCAUUAUUUGUGCAACAUGCUCAAAGAGCCCAUUUCUUCACCAUUAUUGAUUUCUCCAUCUGAAAGCCGAUUGCCUGACCUGAACUCUGAAAGUUCUUCACCGUUAUUGAUUUAUCCAACUGAAAGCCGAUUGCCUGACCUGAACCCCGAAAGUGAGAUCGAGAGAUCCGAAGCAUCUGGCCAUGGCUCCUCCUCUUCAUCUGAGAAGGGGAUGAAGCACUUCAUCGAUGAGCUCGAACCACCACCUGCGAACCAGUGCAAAAGCAUGCCUUGUGGGCCUGUAACAAAAGGAACAGGGCCAUGCCGCUCGAAUGCCGGAUUCAAAUUAUUUGGGGUUCAGCUUAUGAAUGAGCCUGCAACUCAUGGAGAAGAAUACAUGACUGAAAACGCUUUGAAACCAUUGAUAGCCAUUAAUGGUGGAGUGAGGUUGAAGAGGAGGACUUGCACCAAGGUUCUAAUGCAAGGUAGAGCUGUAGGUAGAGCCGUUGAUCUCAGAAAAUUGGACGGCUAUGAUGAUCUUAUGUAUUUGUUAGAGGAGUGGUUUGAGAUUGGAGGGGAGCUCAGUGGAGCUAAUAAGAAGUGGGUUUUGGUUUAUGUGGAUCACGGCGGCAAGAUGGUGGUCAUGGGUGGUGAUCCAUGGCCUGAGUUUCGCGGGAUGGUCAAGAAGAUUGAGAUCUACGGCUGUGAUGAGGCGAUCAAAAUGAUGGGAGAUGGAACUGUGGCUAUGUUUUCGGGUUUCCGGCCAUAA